AUGAACUCCGACAAAAUCUACCCCGAAUUGAAGACCACCGGAAGUCUCUCCUCCAAACACGACGAUUAUUAUCUCAUAUGGAAGUCUAAAAUCCUGUUCGUUCUCGCCGACUAUGGACUCGACGACGUUCUCACAACCCCCGUCGACUCCACCGACCCGCAAUGGCCCAAGCGAGACGAGUCGGCGCGUCACUUCCACAUCCUCCCCAGCCUCGACGAAGAUUUACGUGCCUCAUACUCAUAUCUCCCCACCGCGAAGGCGAUCAUGGACGCCCUCGAAAGCCACUUCAACUUUGCUACUGUGAGUAGGAAAAUGAAUCUCUUCAGAUCACAUAUUUCGUAUGCGGGCCAUGGCGAAAGUGCUGGAGUGUGCCGGAAUCGACGUUCCCGACGAGAUGCGGCGGUGUUGCUGCUGAACAGCGUGCCGGAGGAUUGGUGCGAGGAUGUGGAGAGGGUGCAGUUGGGAUUGCAUGUGUGUUUGGAGGAUUUGAGCCUCCAUAAUGCGACCUUGAGGUUGAGGAUUGCGAGUGAUGCUAGGAAGUUGAAGAACUAUGUUAAUUACAAGGGAUUCAAACUCGUCUGCAAUAUCUGUGGAAACAAAGGUCAUCGAAAACGUGAUUGUCUAGAAGCUUUAAGACUAGAGGAAAGUUUCCCUUCACAGUAUCUAGACUUCCAUGUCAUUGGAAUCACUUACCCUCAACUUAAAACCAGAGAGAGACUGUACUCUUCUGGGUCUAACUUCUACUGGUGGGAGAUUACGCUUUCUGAAGUGUUCCGUAUCAGUGAUCUAAGUUAUGUCCUCGAGGACCCAAAACCACCUGAGAAGGAUGUUGACCAUCGUAAGAAAUGGCUAGCUGAUGACUUACUUUGCCGCCAUCUUAUUCUUGGUUCAGUAGAUGAUGAUCUCUUUCUCAGUUUCCAUGGCUACCCCACUGCCAAGUCUAUGAUGGAUGAUAUCAAGGCAUUCUUUAAUUUCUCCUCUAAUGCUCGGCGUAAGCUUCUGCUUAAAAAAUACAUGGAUCAUCAAAUGUCUGAGGGCACACCCAUAACUAACCACAAUUUCAAGAUGCAAAGGUUAGCACAGAAGCUGAAAAGAGCAGGGGUAACUAUCCCUGAUGAGUUGCAAGCAUUUACUUUGAUGGAUAGCAUGCCAGAGUCAUGGGUUGACUCAUUGAUAGCACUGAGACAGGACAUGAACCUGAAGGAAAAAGAAAUGGAUCUUAAAGCUGUGAAAGCAAGGUUGAUGGAAGUUGGUCGAAUAAGGGAUUUGAUGGCUGUUCAAGAUGAGAUAGAAAUGCCCUGUAAGAAGCUUGUUAAGAAAUCCAGGAAGGUUUUCGAGGGCAAGUGUUAUUCUUGCGGGAGGCAAGGCCACUAUGCAUACGAAUGUCCAAACAAAGGAAAAAAACGGAAGCUCACCACAUGAAGUGCCAAGCAGAGUUUCGUGUAUAUUGGUUUUUUCUAUAUUUUUAGCUUUGAACUAAUAGGUGGCAAAAAUUCCAAUGGUUGGAAAGAGUAGAGACAUGUUAUGUUCUUGUGACACAUUCUUUCAGAACCUUGGUUAUGGUGCAUAUUGUUGGAACACAAA